UUUCGACCUUACAUCAAAUACACAUCGCAUCCCUCCAUCAUGAGUGGCCCCAUCACUAUCCAGUCCGCCGGACAGUGGCAGGACAUCCUCAGCACCACCAACGUCGUCGUCGCAGAUUUCUACGCCGACUGGUGCGGCCCCUGCAAGAUGAUCGCGCCGCACUUCGAGACACUCUCCAAAGAACACUCCAAACCGAAAAAGGUCGCCUUCUGCAAGAUCAACGUCGACUCCCUCUCCUCUGUCUCGCGCACCUACGGCGUCACCGCCAUGCCGACCUUCAUCAUCUUCCACGCCGGCCAGCCCAUCGAGACCAUCCGCGGCGCCAACCCCCCCGCCCUCACCGGCGCCAUCAGCAAGGCCGUCAACCUGCCCGCCAAACCGGGCCACGGCGCCGGCCACGCCUUCCAGGCCCCGGGCCGCACCCUCGGCGGCGGCGAGGGCGUCGGUUCUUCUAGGACGGUGCGCCCUUCGGCCGCCGCCUCGGCCGGCUUCAGCAUCUGGGCCGUCAUCCAGCACGUUGUUACCGUUGUUGGCCUAUACGUGGUGUCGCUCAUCGCGGUGCGUUGGUACCUCUUCGGCAUGCCCGAGGGCGGCCUCUGGGCCAUGUUGACCGACUGGUGGCCUAACAUGGAGUCUAUAGAUCGAUUCCUACAAAGCCGCGGAAAACUCGCCGUUUAACCGCGUCAACCCGCCCCAGCAGCGCCAGGGGCAGGGGCAGGGG